UUGAUGAGUUCGAGUUAAUCAAACCCAAAUUCGCAGCACCACCAGCCCUCCACGAUGACCCUAGCCGGAGCCUCUCGCCGCCGGCGAGCACUGCGGCCCCCUCUCCCUCUCCUCGUCCUCGUCCUCCUACUCGCCGCCCCUCCGCCCCCACGCGCUUCCGCGCUCCGCGUCCCGCUCCGCCAGGCCGCCACCCUCGUCUCCCUCUCCCACUCGCUCCUCUCCCGUGUCGCCGCCGCCCGCGCCGCCCGUGGCGACGCCGCCGCGGCCGCACGCGCCCGGCGGAUCGCGUCCCUCCUUUCGUCGCGUGGCGCCUGGGGGCUCGGCUGGGACUACCUCCGGCACUACGCCUUCUCGUCGGCCACCGGGUGCGGCCUCUCCUGCGCGGCCGCCGCGUCCCGCCUCCUCGCCGCUGCCGCGGAGGCCUCGCGCCUCCGUUCCGCCGCUGACGCCGCCCAGUGGAUGCGCUGCCACUACGGGGUAGUCCGCGACGCGGCCGGGCUGCUCCUCAGCGGCCUCCUCGACGCCUUCUCCGAACAGGGGCCGUUGAGAGAGGUGGUGAUGGAUGUGAAGUGGGAGGUGGAGGAAGGGGAGUUGCUGAAGGAUUGCCUGGAGGUGGGAGCGAAGGACUUGCAAGGCUUGCUUGUCAUUGCCAAAGAUCUUUUCGCUGGUGCUUCAAGAGCUUCUACACGACAUAGUGAACUCUGAGAUUUACUAACAUUUUGGUCAAGCAACAAUUGGCUCUUGUUAGGGCUUCACGCAUAAUCUUAUUGUAGAAGCUCCUGCCCAAAUUAUAAGAGGAUGUCUGAUUUCUGGGGUGGAUCAGGUUCUUUGUUUGGUGAAAAUUGAAAUGACUGCAAACGACCAGGUUUGCUUGCAUGAAUGCAUGAUGCAUCUUACCCCAGCACAUACUUGAUUAUUAUCUGCUGCGUAUGAGUUAUGAAAGAAAAAAAACAUUGAAGUUAGGCUCAUCAUCUAGUAUAUUUGAAAAUGCUAUGGAUUGAGUCUCAACGCUUCAAAAUACUGGGGGCGGACAUUCCUCAUAAAGCAGGUAGGCGACGGUAAGAUGCAUCAGUUCAUCUGGUAGCUGAAGGAAAGGGAGUACGGCAAAAGAGCCGAUGCAUUAGUGGCUGAUACAAACGUGCCGUGCUCAUAAUAAGAAAUGCCUUUUUGGCUUCUCUGUUCCGGACUUCCGGUUGCUGGGGUUUGAGCAGUACGAACGGAGAAGGAAGAAUGGAGAGCAGCACCCAGCCCAUGUUACAUGUUUCAUGCGCGUCUGUACAUUAAUGUAGCUUCGUUCGGCGUUAAAAACGGAUUGAUGAGGGUACUCUGGCCGUAUGUCAUUUUCCCAUAGGCUGGCCUGGUGGACAUCGUGUAUCUUUUACCUACAUUUGAGGCUAAGGUGCUCACCAAAUCGUUGUAUUUAUUGCUGGAUUU